GUGGGAACUCGAGAGAUCUCUGUGACGCCUUCAUUUUUAUUUACAAAUCAGCUGUGCCACUGUCACAGCAACAUCGGCGCAAAAGCGUGCCAAAAUCAGAAACCCGAGAAAAAAAUGGACAUGCUCGUUAUUGUCACAUAAACUCACAAAGGCAACCUUCUUCGAGAAGCAGACAAGUAUGGAGCCUGAUGCUAUAAGCAAUGCCACUCCCACGGAGGAGAUGAAUGGGGCGGGGAACCUGAUGGACUUCUUGGACGAGCCCUUCCCUGACGUGGGCACUUACGAGGACUUCCACACCAUCGACUGGCUGAGGGAGAAGUCCCGUGACACAGACCGCCACAGGAAGAUCACCAACAAGAGUAAAGAGUCCAUCUGGGAGUUUAUCAAGAGCUUGUUGGACGCCUGGUCUGGAUGGGUGGUGAUGCUGCUUAUCGGCCUGUUAUCAGGCACUCUGGCAGGCGUCAUUGACCUGGCGGUGGACUGGAUGACGGAUCUGAAGGAGGGGGUGUGUUUGUCGGCGUUCUGGUACAGCCACGAGCAGUGCUGCUGGACGUCCAACGAGACCACCUUCGACGACCGUGACAAGUGCCCGCAGUGGCAGAAAUGGGCCGAACUCAUGACUGGUUACAACGAGGGUGCUGGAGCGUAUCUCCUGAACUACUUCUUGUACGUGAUGUGGGCGCUCUGCUUCUCCUUCCUGGCCGUGUCGCUGGUGCGCGUGUUUGCCCCCUACGCCUGUGGCUCAGGAAUCCCAGAGAUUAAGACGAUCCUGAGUGGCUUCAUCAUCCGUGGCUACCUGGGCAAGUGGACGCUGCUGAUUAAGACGGUCACUCUGGUCCUGGCCGUGUCGUCCGGCCUCAGCCUGGGCAAAGAGGGCCCGCUCGUACACGUGGCCUGUUGCUGUGGCAACCUCUUCUGCAGCCUCUUCUCCAAGUAUAGCAAGAAUGAGGGCAAGCGCCGUGAGGUGUUGUCUGCGGCUGCUGCAGCUGGUGUCUCAGUAGCCUUUGGUGCUCCCAUUGGAGGCGUACUCUUCAGUCUCGAGGAGGUGAGUUACUACUUCCCUCUGAAGACUCUGUGGCGCUCCUUUUUCGCCGCCCUGGUGGCGGCCUUCACGCUGCGCUCCAUCAACCCCUUCGGCAACAACCGCCUGGUGCUGUUCUACGUGGAGUACCACACCCCCUGGUACAUGGCCGAGCUGGUGCCCUUCAUCCUGCUCGGCGUGUUCGGCGGCCUGUGGGGCACGCUCUUCAUCCGCGCCAACAUCGCCUGGUGCCGCCGGCGCAAGACCACGCAGCUGGGCAAGUACCCGGUGCUGGAGGUGAUCGCGGUGGCGGGCAUCACUGCCAUCCUGGCGUUCCCCAACCCGUACACGCGGCGCAGCACCAGCCAGCUCAUCUCGGAGCUGUUCAACGACUGCGGUGCACUCGAGUCCUCGCAGCUCUGCGACUACUACAAUAGCCCCAACAUGACGCGGCCCGUGGACGACAUCCCCGACCGGCCCGCCGGACCCGGGGUCUACGCUGCGCUCUGGCAGCUGUCGCUCGCACUCAUCUUCAAGGUCGUCAUCACCAUCUUCACCUUCGGCAUGAAGAUUCCCUCUGGGUUGUUCAUUCCCAGCAUGGCUGUGGGCGCCAUCGCUGGGCGCAUAGUUGGGAUCGCCGUGGAGCAGAUGGCGUACCACCACCACGACUGGAUCAUCUUUAAGAACUGGUGCCGACCCGGGGCCGACUGCGUCACGCCAGGCCUCUAUGCCAUGGUCGGAGCUGCUGCAUGUCUGGGUGGCGUGACGCGGAUGACUGUGUCCCUGGUGGUCAUCAUGUUCGAGCUGACCGGUGGCCUGGAGUACAUCGUGCCACUCAUGGCGGCCGCCGUCACCAGCAAGUGGGUGGCCGACGCCUUCAACAAGGAGGGCAUCUACGAGGCGCACAUCCGCCUCAACGGCUACCCGUACCUGGACCAGGACGAGUUCACGCACCGCACGCUGGCUACAGACGUGAUGCGGCCGCGCCGAAACGACCCGCCGCUGGCCGUCCUCACGCAGGACAGCACCACGGUGGAGGACGUGGAGACGCUCAUCAAGGACACGGACUACAACGGCUUCCCCGUGGUGGUGUCGCGCGAGUCCGAGAGGCUCAUCGGGUUCGUCCAGCGUAGGGACCUCACCCUCGCUAUCAGUGUAGAGACAGCGCGUCAGAAGCAGGACGGCGUGGUGAGCAACUCCAUGGUGUACUUCACGGAGGAUGCCCCUCAGCUGCCCGCCAGCUGCCCGCAGCCCCUCAAACUGCGGCGCAUCCUCAACCUCAGCCCCUUCACCGUCACCGACCACACGCCCAUGGAGACGGUCGUCGACAUCUUCCGCAAGCUCGGCCUCCGCCAGUGCCUGGUGACGCGCAGUGGGCGACUCCUGGGAAUCAUCACCAAGAAGGACGUGCUCAGACACAUGGCCCAGAUGACCAAUCAGGAUCCAGAGUCCAUCAUGUUCAACUAGACACCCCUCCCAGUGCUGGUUCUCUGGCCCCGGGAACCAAUCACAUGCCUUCAAGGACAUUUGACAUUUGUAAAUAGUGCAUUACUACUGUAACUUACCAAUCACUCACUCCAGAUCUCAUUCACCAGUAGGUGGCUCUGAAGAGACCUCUUACAGGUAACAUAGGAGAGAACGGGAGGGAGGGAGGGGUGAGAAAGGAAGAGAGAAAAACAGGUUGGGCCAACAGUUUGUGGUACUGUUUUGUGAUUUCUUUUGUUUUUUUUGUUAAUUAUUAUUAAUGUUAAUGCUGCCAUAUUUAUGUUUUUACCGAAGGAAAAAAUAUGCUUGCGUUGUAAUCAUGUAGUCAAACAAACAUAAAUGUAAACAGAUGUUGCCAAAUUAUAAAGGAACAGACCUAAAAGUAAUACAGUGCAAUACAUCAGUCCUGUGAUCAAUCUUUGCUUCAUGAAGGUUAUAAUAUUUGGUAUUUGAGUACCCUAAUUUAGAAAGCUGUAGAUUAACUGAACAAGAUCACAAACAUUAAGGGCCAUUCCUUGCUGGACAUGAGACUGCAUUCGUUUAGGUUUUCCUAAUAAAUUGGCUAAAUAACUACGUUUUCACAUGAACACUUUUCCGGGAGCUAUUUAAAUCUUUCUGGCGACCUAUCAAUGCCACAGAAGUCUGUUACGGACACUAUAAAAAACUGAAUGUAAUUAAUUUAAGGUAUGAACAAUGGAGGCACUUUGAACUUGACAGAUUCUAACCAUGUAGCUAACUCUUUUAACGUGUUGCAUUUUAGGUAGAUUCCUCAGAAGUACACAGUAUUGGUCAGUUUAAGCUGCCCCCAAGUCCAACAACUCAUAACGGCUGCACAUUGAAACCCUUCGUAGGUUUGUUGCGGCACAUCCUCUUCGUCUGUCCGUCCCCUUUGACGUUGUUUGAGUUGGUGCAUUAAUGUUCCUGUUAAUUUGUGCCAUGAGGCAUGCACAGUCCUGCAAGACCCUGAGCUACUACAGAUGACUAUUUAUUCCAUAUCGCGUUUCAGGAUGCUUUAUGUUAUAAUCCGCUGUGAACAGUGAAGACCCUGUUAUGUUAUGAACAAUGUAGGCUGCUUUUUUUUUUUUGCCAUGUAAGUUAUUUGCAUUAACGGAACACUAAAGGCUGUAUAAAAGGAAGCGUAGCAUAAAACAAAAGAUUUGUUUUAUUUAUGUGGGUCAGCCGCUGUCAACCUCUGGGCUCUAAUUUGAAUGACUGGCAACGUGCAAAGUUUUAGGUCUAACUAAAGCUCAUUUAAUAACUAGUCAAAGACAGUUUGCUAGUUUCAUGAUGACUAAGCUCAAUGUUUCGUUAUGCCACUCAAUAGCUGUACACGUUCAUGCACGAGAACUUUGUUUUAUGACUUUGCACUUUGCUGCCAAACAAAUUUGGGCCCGCUGUCUCACCAGUAAUUGGAAAGGCUGUAUAUGCUGAAUCCUUUUCUGCUUCAAUCUCUGUUCUUUUCAGUGAAGCGGUGAAAGUUGUGUAGUUGUUUGCACUACUGUAUAUGAAGGGACAAAAUCGUGCAAGCAUAUCAAAGAGUGUUUAAAACACUUAA